CUAAAUUUUUAUUUUCUAUGUCAAUGAAAAAUAUCAAAGUGCGGGAAAGUUAUUUUGUAAAACGUCUCAAUUGUACUUUUUGAAUUUCAUUUGUGUGUCUGAAGUAAUAAUUUAAUAUUUUCUGGCUUUAUUUUUUGACAAGAAAUAUCAAAAUGGAGAUCACGUGGACAAAUACUCGCGAGAGUUUAAAAAAGUUUGCGAGUGCAUUAAUGUGUGGAAAAUGUAGAAGCAAACCGAUAAAUCCAGUUAGAUAUACCAAUUGUGGACAUUUUUUUUGUUCAAACUGUGUAGAUGAUUCAAAAUGUUAUCAAUGUGAUGUACCAGUUAGACCAAAUGAAAUACGUACCGAUCAUACAAUAUUAAAUCUUAUACGUGACUGUGAUGCUAUUGCGAAUAUAAUUAAAGAAGAAAAUUUGUGGGACAUACAUAUUGAAAUAAGAAGUAUUCCGCAAAGAAAUAGAUUACCGACUAAUUCACAAAAUACUAUUAUUAAUUACUUACCAAGAAACACUGUUAACACUGUUAAGAACAUAAAUAAACGUAAUCCAAAGGGUGAAACCCCUUUACAUACAGCUUGCAUAAAGGGACAGAAAGAAACAGUGGAAUCUCUUCUUAAAGCUGGUGCAAAUCCAAAUACAAAAGAUAAUGCUAACUGGUCACCAUUGCAAGAAUCUAUAAAUUUAGGUCAUUAUGAAAUAUGUGAAUUACUAUUAAAGGCUGGUGCAUUUUCUAAUAUACCAGGUAUAGAAAAUAGGACACCUUUACACGAAGCUGUUAUAAAUAAUAGAGUAAAAGAAGCAAAACUAUUACUUGAAUAUCAUGCUAAUAGAGAUGUUUACGAUCAGUAUGGUAAAAAACCUAUAGAUUAUUGUUGCUCUAAAGAAAUGCAGGAAAUUCUAUCAGAUAUGGAUUUAUUUUCUAAUAAUGUAGACAGCGAACAUGAUUUAAAUUGUACUCUCAAUCAAUCAUUAUAUAAUAGUAAUUUGAUUGUAUAUUUAUCGAAUUUGAAUGAAAGAAGCCAAAAAUUAUUUGAGAGAGCAAUUUCAAAACAUAAGAUAAAAUUUGUGCCUACCUAUAAAUCAUGCGUAACUCAUGUAAUAGUCGAAGCAAAUAAUCAAAAUAUUACCAAGCUUACCUAUGAUGUUAUGCUUGCUUUACUCCAUGGCAAAUGGUUACUGACCAGCGAAUGGAUUUCUAUGAGCUUAGAAUUGGAGGAUAUACAUCAGAUGGAAUUAGAAUUAUUUGAAGUCAGUGGUUGUCCUAUUUUGGGAGUACCCAAGCGAGCUAGGGAAAACGAAGAACAUCAAAAUCCACGAUUGUUCAAUCGAUGUUACUUUUAUCUUGCUUUACAAGCUAAGGUUGUUUAUCGUAUCGGCGAUGUUAAUUUAACGAAGGAAGAAUUGACGAAGUUAAUAAACGCAGGUGAUGGAACUGUCCUUAACAGAGAACCGAAUCCAGAAGAUAUAAAAGACAAGGAGCAAUAUAUCCCAUUUCAUACCGCUCGUAAUCCUCAUCAUCCUUUGUACAAGUGUACACACUAUAUUAUAUAUGCUCCUGGGAAGGAUGAACCACGUAUAAAAUAUAACAUGUGUCACAUAAGAAGUCUACCUCUAAUAUGGUUAAUUGAAUGUAUAGAGAAGUUUACUUUACUUAAUCCAUCUCAUUUAGGUUUGUAAUAUAGCAGUUAUAUUUUUAUAUAUUUUAUUAAAAACCAUAAUUUAAUUAAUACGUACAUUUUUAUAUUCGAUAUACAUAGUUGACAUAUAUUUUUAUAAUCGAUAAAUAAUAAACAUUUUCAGAAUAGUAAGUAUAAUCAAUUACUUUUUUUUAUAUACGUUAAUGUACUUAUGUAUGUAAUAAGAUUUAGACUAUUAUCUCCGUCCUCUUAUACAUACGAAAUUCAUAGUAAACAUACAGCUUGCAUAGGCAAUGAUAAUUUUUGAAGAAAAAUAUCGUACGGUAUUAUGUUGGUACAUUUACGGAUAAAGUACCGUUAGUCUUGCACAUGUGUAUUAUACGCAUUACACAUUAUGUGGAUUGUAUUAUAUGUAUCUACAAGAUAUGAGGUUCACACAAAUGGGCGGAGCAAAAGAAUUGAAAGCGGAAGGGGCGAAUCUGACCGAGAAGCAAAAAGUGGCGAUAAAGAAGGUAAAAGAAGGGGAAAAAAAUAGUGAAAGAGAUUGAGUACCAAUGAAGUUACACGCUACGAAAAA